GAAGAGCCGGGAGGGUAUUUACUCUGCGCUUCUGCACUUCUAUCUGAACCCAGUGGCGGCUGCCUUUCCCAGUGCAGAGCCAGCGGGCUCGGGCCCAGCCGCACUUUGCAGGCAAGCUGCCCAGCUGACCAAGGGCUUUAGCCAAGUCUGAGCUGGGCUGGGGCAUCUGGGAAGCGGAAGGAGCCCGUCUAGGAAACCCGGGUGUGUGCAGUGUAAAGCUAGUGUGCAAGCCUCAACUUCAGAUCCGAGGAGAGACCUCCACCUCGCUCCUGGCGCGUCGUGUCCCGCGGCAGACGCGUGGCUGGUCUACGCUCCUCUUCCAGCUUGACGCCGCCGCAGCCGCCACUGAGCCUGAGUUGGAGAAACCCACUCACCUGGCGGAACCCGGAUCUGGCAGGAAGAAGGGCCUGGCGGCCGGAGCGUACUGGUUACAGCAACCUUGGCAGGUGUCCCUACCCGCACUGGGACACCACAGCCAGGAAGGCAGGUGUGAGGGCUGCUUCCGCAGCCUCGAGCCCGCACCCUCCGGCUCGUGGUCGCCCUCUUUUGCCCUCAGGGUGCCAUCGGUUCGGGGUGUCCCGAGGGCUUACUCCAGCAGACGCCAGGGCUGCAGGUUCGGGACGCUCCGCCUCCUCCCGCCACUUGAGCCACCAGAGAGCCAGGAAGAACCUUUUCAUUCGGUCUUAGUCUGUGGUCACUGCUGAGGUUUACGGAACUUUUCAAGCAAGGGCCAGCCAGGUCCUUUGCCUCCACCCCACGCCGCGCCUGCUCCUCGCCUGCGACACCCCUAGACCUGGGAGAUUCCACUCUUCCCCCGGCAUUGACACCCCAACUUUUUGUGCGCGGUCUGCUUCGCCUCACUGGGUGUCUGGCUCCUGUGCCAAAGAGCUCGCGGCUGGCCCUUUUCCUCCCGGGAUAGAGUGUGGUUCUGGGUGAGCCUGGAUCCGGGGUGCAUUUAAGCGCUCCCCACGCUCGGCACUCGCCCUUGCCUCAGCGCUGACCCUUGAGAAGUGAUUGAGCCCUCGAGGCCCAGGUGUUUUUUCUCCAAACUCUUGUGCCUGGCGCGGAUUCGCCCGGCGAGCUGCCGGCGGAGCCUAAGAGCGCUUCGAGAGACGUCGCCCCGUCGGGUGCUAAGCGCAGCAUGGCUGGCUGCUGCUGUCUGUCUGCAGAGGAGAAGGAGUCGCAGCGCAUCAGCGCUGAGAUCGAGAGGCAGCUUCGCCGGGACAAGAAGGACGCACGCCGCGAGCUCAAGCUGCUGUUACUGGGAACUGGUGAAAGCGGGAAAAGUACCUUUAUCAAGCAAAUGAGAAUCAUCCACGGGUCUGGAUACAGUGAUGAAGACAGAAAGGGGUUCACGAAGCUGGUUUACCAAAACAUAUUCACUGCCAUGCAAGCCAUGAUCAGAGCGAUGGACACCCUGAGGAUACAGUACGUGUGUGAACAGAACAAGGAAAAUGCCCAGAUAAUCAAAGAAGUGGAAGUUGACAAGGUCUCAGCGCUUUCCAGGGACCAGGUGGAAGCCAUCAAGCAGCUCUGGCAGGAUCCAGGAAUCCAGGAGUGUUAUGACAGGAGGCGGGAGUACCAGCUGUCAGACUCUGCCAAAUAUUACCUGACUGACAUCGACCGGAUCGCCAUGCCAUCGUUUGUGCCAACACAGCAAGAUGUGCUUCGUGUCCGAGUGCCCACCACUGGCAUCAUUGAGUACCCAUUUGACUUGGAAAACAUCAUCUUUCGGAUGGUAGAUGUUGGUGGCCAGCGAUCUGAACGACGGAAAUGGAUUCAUUGCUUCGAGAGUGUCACCUCCAUCAUUUUCUUGGUUGCUCUGAGUGAAUAUGACCAGGUCCUGGCUGAGUGUGACAAUGAGAAUCGCAUGGAAGAGAGCAAAGCCUUGUUUAAAACCAUCAUCACCUACCCCUGGUUUUUGAAUUCAUCUGUGAUUUUGUUUUUAAACAAGAAGGAUCUUUUGGAAGAGAAAAUCAUGUACUCUCAUCUAAUUAGCUAUUUCCCAGAAUACACAGGACCAAAGCAGGAUGUCAAAGCUGCCAGAGACUUUAUUCUGAAGCUUUAUCAAGACCAGAAUCCCGACAAAGAAAAAGUCAUCUAUUCCCACUUCACAUGUGCUACAGAUACGGAGAAUAUCCGAUUUGUGUUUGCUGCUGUCAAAGACACAAUUCUGCAACUAAACCUAAGGGAAUUCAACUUAGUUUAAAAGCUGCUGCCCACUUCUUCCUCACAACAAAAGAGAGGAUUUGUAAGCUCCUGUUUAAUUUGAAAGUGCUUCUGACAUCCCCUGAACCAGAAGCCUGUGCCAGGCACCAAGGACAUUCUGCAGACAACAGGGACAGAGAUGGAAUUUGGAAGGUGUUUGAGUUUAUCAAACCUUUAAAGAGUCUUUAUUCCCAGAUUGUUUCUGUAGUUCUUUUCUUGCCUCUUGGCGCUAAGAUUUUGUGUAAUUUUUGAAUUUGGUAUUUUAUAGAAUUUUAAAAGGCCACUGUGAUUUACUGUUUCUUUAAAAAAUUAAGUUUUAACAUGUUUAAUGAUAGACACUAAAAAUCACUUUCAGAGGGGACUGUUAAUAGAUUUGCCUUCAGACCUCUAGUUUAAUUUGGGUGACUUUUUAAAAAAGUGUUAAUGGGUUUGAUGCUUUUUAUUAAAUCUUGUAAUUUAGAGACAGUUCUAAUUUUGAGUGUUUUUCACUCUUUAUACUGGAAUUAUGACUCCUUUAACAACACGCCACCAAAGAUUUUCUUUUUUUAAAAGAAGAUUCUUUUUGUGUAAACCUUCUAAGCCAGAUUAAUGACUAUUAUCAGUACGUCUAAUUUAGUUUAGCCAUAAGUUGUCACCAUGACGCUAAAGUUGACAUUUGAUAAAUGGGCUCCAGACAGUAUAUGUGUUGUACUGGUGAAAUAUGUGUGUGUAUAUAUAUAUAUUCUAAUGCAUAUGGCCAGGUCUUAUAAACUUAUGAAAUGGCUAAAAGUGCAACUUGUUUAACAAAUGUUAUGUAACCCCUGCCAAAGUUCUGAUAGUCAUCAGAACUUUGCUGCUUGAACUGUAUAUGCUGUGCCUUUGUGAGGAGGCUGAGAAUACAAUAUUC